GAUUUACAAAUGGUCUGAUGGGCAUAGUCGUCUGAGGAGUAUCGUGUGAAAAGCGUCGGCUGAAUAGCAGUGCUCGGUUGCCAAACCCACUGCCACCACGUUCCAAGCUCCGUCAAACCCACGACGAUAAGGAGCGCGCCCCUAUUCUCUCGCAAGUUGCAGCGCCCACCCGGCCGCGGCCUUCCACAGCUUUGACCCGCUCCGUCCCCGAGCGAGACUCACCCCAAAGCAAAGCGCAAACAAGACGCUUCUUCUUCCAGCCGGCCCGCUCUACACGGCGAGCACGGAGCGGAGCAAACGAGCGAGCUAGAGGUAGAGCCUAGAGCUAGCGUGGAGGCGGCUCGAUCAUGGAGAAGCAACCGAGCGGCUGGCGGGGGAGCAGCGGCGGCCACGAGGAGAGGCUGCCCCUGCGCGGCGGCGGCGGCGGCGGCCUGGAGACGGAGGCAAGGGCGCCGCACGUCCACGCCGCGGAUCAGCAGGAGGCGGGGCGGGGCAGGCACCGGCGCAGCUGCGCGCGCGCCGCGCUGCUGCUCUGCCUGCUCACGCUCCCGGCCUGCAUCCUCGCCGUCUGGAACCUGCGGGCCGAGUCCUCGCCGCGGAUGCUCUUCGACGUCGACGACCUCCCAAAGGACGACUACGACGACGACCAAGAUAUACGAGAUGAUAUGCCUGAUGAUUUAUCUCCAUCGGCACAAAUUGAUUAUGACAGACUUCUGGGUGGCCUUCUGAUCGAGGGAUUUGAUGAAAGAUCGUGUCGCAGCAGGUACCAGUUUGCACGUUAUCACAGGAAUGCAGCAAGAGUACCUUCUCCAUACCUCAUAGAAAGAUUAAGGAGACAAGAAGCACUGCAGAAGAAGUGUGGUCCAGGCACCAAAUCAUACAACAAUGCUGCAAAACAGCUCAUGUCCACUCAGAGCAUCGACGGCAUAUCGGAUUGCAACUAUCUCUUCCUGACAAUCCAUGCCGGGAUGGGGAACCGGAUGCUUGAGAUCACUUCAGCGUUCCUUUACGCACUUUUGACAGGCAGGGUUUUGCUCGUGGACCGUUAUAAGCAGAUUGCCAACACUUUCUGUGAGCCUUUUCCUGGAACUUCAUGGUUGAUUCCUUCAGAUUUCCCUCUGAGCUAUAAUGAGUUCACCAAGCAUAGUCCAGAGAGCUAUGGUAACAUGUUGCAGGAAAAUGUUAUCCGUGGCAACACAUAUCGGUCUCUAGCCAGUGCUAGGCCUCCCUAUGCGUACCUCCAUCUUGACGGUGACUACGCUUUCCACGACAAGCUUUUCUACUGCGAAGACGAUCAACAGUUCCUGCAAGGUGUGCCGUGGCUGAUCAUGCGGACCGACAUGUACUUCGUGCCGUCACUGUUUCUUAUCCCAAGUUUCCAGGAUGAACUGAGCAAGCUGUUUCCUGAAAAGGACACCGUUUUCCAUCACUUGGGCCGGUAUCUUCUUCAUCCCACAAAUGAUAUCUGGUAUUCGGCGACAACGUACUACAGGGCCUACCUUGCUAAAGCUGAUAAAGUAGUGGGAAUACAGAUCAGGAUAUUUGAGAAGAAGGGCAUCCUGCAAAGAAACGGGCCGUUUCCACACGUUUUAGAGCAGAUCCUUUCCUGUGCCCAGGGUGAAAAGCUGCUGCCACAAAUCGGCGUGACCGAUGGAGCGGCCGCUGGGAAUAACCGGACAAUCGCCGUUCUUGGGACCUCUUUGAGCUCUUGGUACAGUGAUCAGAUCAGGGAAAGGUACAGCGAGCACCGGACCGUCGACGGCACCAUGGUGAAAGUUUACCAGCCGAGCCACGAGGAGUACCAGAAGAAGAAGAACAGGAAGCACAACAUGAAGGCGCUGGCGGAGAUCUACCUGCUGAGCAUGAGCGAUGUGCUCAUCACCAGCGGCUUCUCCACCUUCGGGUACGUCGCGCAGGGCCUCGCCGGCCUCACGCCGUGGAUCAUGUACAGGCCCGAGAACCACGUCGUGCCGGAGCCGCCGUGCGGCCGUGCCAUGUCCAUCGAGCCGUGCUUCCACCAGGCCCCCUACUUCGACUGCAGGGCGAAGAGGGACGCCGACCUGGGCAAGGUGGUGCCGUACGUGAGGCACUGCGAAGACGUCAGCUGGGGGCUCAAGAUUGUAAAUGAAACUCGGUUGUAGCUGUAAGUUUUCUUUUCUUUUCUUCACACGGUAACACAAUUGUUUGCUAAGAUAAGGUAGGCUUCUUUCUAAUUUACAGGAAAAAUAUGUUCCAUGAAUGUAUUUUAUUUUCCUCUCAUGCAUUUGAUCAGAACUGUAGAUAGUUGAUAAACAGAUUCAUCAAUAGGAAAAUACUAUGAUUACCAA